CCGAUGGAAUGGACGUGAGGGGCAAGGCUGAAUGUCAAUUACCUGAGCUUCACCAACCGAGGCUGAUGUGGGAUGGAGCUCUGUCCCUCUUACCCAACCACCACAGAUCCACCCGUUGUACUCUAUUCGACCGGAGCUUCUUCAAUACAUAUCUACAAUGGCAGCCCGCGAUCCCGAGCCAGAAGCCGUGCAGGUCUCGCAUCCGGUCCCCGGAAUCACGGUCAUCGCCAUCAACCGCGCGCAUCGCCACAAUGCAGUCAACACCGCCACUGCUCUCAAGCUCUACCAGGCCUUCAUCGACUUUGAAAACGACCCGGCGGCCAGGGUCGCGAUCUUUCAUGGCCAGAAUGGAACCUUCUGCGCCGGCUACGACUUGCACACGGUCUCGGAGUCUCCCACCCUGUCCGCGCCCAUUCCCAACACUGACCCGAACGAUGCUUCGAGGACGCCCGGGCCAAUGGGACCUAGUCGUUUGCAGAUCAAGAAGCCCGUCAUCUCCGCCGUGGCAGGCUGGGCUGUUGCGGGAGGCACGGAGCUGAGCUUGAUCGGCGACAUACGAGUGGUGGAAGAGGAUGCGCAUUUCGGCAUCUUCUGUCGCCGAUGGGGCGUGCCACUACUAGAUGGAGGAACCGUCAGACUGCGAGCGAUCGUCGGGCUGGGAAGGGCGCUGGACAUGAUCCUGACCGGGCGCCCGAUUGGGGCACAAGAGGCUCUUGCCAUGGGGCUUGCCAACCGAGUAGUCCCGAAGGGCAAGGCGGUACAUGCUGCGCUCGAGAUUGCCCAGCAGCUGCUGAAGUUUCCGUACGAGUGCAUGAAGGCUGAUCGGGACAGUUGCUACAACGCCACGUACAACGCGCGGAGCCUGGAGGAGGCAUUGAAGUUUGAGUUCGUUGGAGGGCUGGAUUGUUUGAGACGCGAGGGAGUCGCCGGUGCUGGGAGGUUCUCUGGUGGAGCUGGCAGGUCGGGCGACUUUUCGAAGUUGUGAGGAUGCUUGCAUCGCCAUCGCAACGUCCAAGAUGGGGGACGCGCUCUCAAUGAAGAACGAUGACCGUUACGCGCUAAUGUCAGAUUACACGUAAAUAACAAGCUAUGCGCUCUCCUUGAUGACCUUGUUCAACGUCGACACAUACUCCUGCACUUCCUUCGCUCCCUCGAGCUGCAUGUC